AUGGGAUUCAAAAGAGCAAGGGUACUACCAAGAAUAUAUAGUUGGGUAGAGUUACAAGUUGACUCGGCUCAAUUGGCAGCCUACGGAUACAAAAAUAGUUUGAUUGAGUUGUUACAACGACAAGAAAAACAAUACAGUCAAUAUAAAUGGUUUGAUCGUCAUCAAAAAGGGUCAAAGAAAGUGGUAGUUGGACCAUAUGUAUUGAAUCUAGAUGGAAUGAUAAUGUUGGCAUGUAAACAGAAUCAAUUCGAGAUUGUACAAUACAUUUAUUCAAGGUAUGGACGGCGUGCACAAGAGGUUGGGUAUUACACUCAACAACACGCAAUGCGGUAUGGUCGAGAAGAUAUAUUCCAUUAUAUCACUGGAAUACUUGGUUAUGUAUACUAUGGUUUGCAUCAUGAGAUAUUGGUCGGUGGCAACACCAACAUUAUAUCUUUUUGUUUACAAUUAAACAAAUUGGCUGUCAAAGAUAAAAAACAACCUUUGUUUACUGAUGAACAUGUACUGUAUCAUAUAGACAAGUGGUUAUCUGUUCCAACGCUCAAGUGUUUUCAAGAGGAUGGAUCAAUUGACUUGAUUACAAAUACCGAUAAAAUAUUAAGGUCGGCUGUGAAAGCUGGAAAUUUGGAUGUUGUAAAAUAUGUUAUACAACAUAUACAACAACAAGAAGAUACACCGAUUGGUAGUCAUAUCAUGGAUACUGCAGCAUCACUGGGAUACAUUGAAAUUAUAAAGUUUCUUCAUACCCAACCACCAACAGUCGUCAGUGCACCUACAGUCGCUGCUAUUGACAUGGCAUCUAGAAAUGGACAUUUCCAAGUAGUUUGCUAUCUAGUAGAGAAUAGAACCGAAGGAAUGACUCAUAGAGCAAUUGACAAGGCAGCCAAGUACAAUCACCUCAAUAUUGUAAAAUACCUACACUCAAACACCACUGCACCAUGCUCGACAAAUGCAAUGGAUCGGUCAUCCCCAUUCCCAGAUAUAUUCACCUUUCUAUUUGAAAAUAGAACAGAAGGAUAUACUGAACAGGCAAUCAGAGCAGUUUUGGUAGCAGCUGGAACCACUCCUUGUCCCACCAACAGUGUACACAGUUAUUUGGAUAUUGUAAAACUCAUUCAAAAAGACAACCAAGAUAAAUUCCUUCUAGUCUUGGAUCGUGUACAAUCUGCCAUACCAUCAUUUGACUACUCAAAAGAUACCGCUUCAUUUCAAGUAUUCCAAUAUUUUUUUCAUUAUGUUGAUCCUCAACUACACCAAAUCAUGUUGCGUCGUGCUAUUAUGCUCAAACAAGUCGAUUUGGUCAAGUGGAUCCAUACAAAUAUGAAUAUGGUAGAAUACACAUCCAGCUUUUUACAUGCCUCGUACCCUACGAUAAAGUAUCUACUAGAAUGUGAAAACAGCCCAUUCAUAAGCAACGACCCCGUUAUCCAUACGGGUAACCUUCAAAGGGCUUUGAGGGUUGCUGUAUUUACUCAAUCCUUGGAGACAUUUGACUAUUUAUUGGAGAAUACUAGAAUAGAAUACUUGGCAGAGCAUGACCUAUACUCUGAUAUAAUUAAACUUGGCAAUGUAGAGAUACUUAAAAGGUUGAUCAAAUUGCCAUCAGGACUACCAUUCUCCACCUACAUGGCAUCCACUUCAUUUAUAAGUGAUGUAGAACAAGCAAUCAACAAGUCUCGGUUGGAUAUGAUUAAAUUCUUGUUUGACAAUUACAACAUUGUCGAUGCUAAAGGUAAACCACCCAGUUUUACUUGUCUCGGAUACCAAUACAUAACAGUAAAAAAGUUUGAAACCAUUAAAUACAUGACAGUAAACAAACAAUUAACGGCCAAGCUAGAGAUUGUUAAAUUAAGGUAUAGAGAUGCAGACGAGUAUGGUGUAUGUUUGGAAUCGACCAUCAAUACAACUCUUCAACCUCCAACUCCUAUCAACAUCCUAGACUACUGUUUAUUGUAUACUCAACAACUCUCUAGUGAAGAUUGGAGUUAUCUCUUGGAUGAAAUGAUGCAAUGUGGAAAUGUCGAUCUCGUUCGAUACAUUCUAUUCAACACAAACAUUUCAGAAAUACCAAAGAAAAGUAUGGAUCACAUCAUUGGUCGUCGAAUCAAUUGUCAUGUCAUUCAAAUUAUUUGUGAUUACAAAAGAAACAAAUAUGACAACCUCAAAAAUAAUUUAUUUUAUCCAAUCCAACAAGAAGAGAAUAAUAAUAAUAAUAAUAAUAAUAAACAAUCAUCAAAAAAUAAUAAUUGUUUAUUACAAUAG